CGUAGUCUGAAUAGCGCGAGUGUAGGGUCAGCCAAAACUUUUUAAACUAUAAACCUCCCAAAGACAAGGUAUCAUGAUGCCGAAGAAUUGCAAGGCUAAAGUUAUAUAAAAUAUACCAUAACAUCAAAAAAUAUAUAUAAUCUAGCUAAGGUAUGAUAAAAAGUCUAAAGCCAGUUUCUCCAAAUUGUCAUAAACAUUAAACAGCAUACUAUAUAAGACAGAUUAAAGUCUACUGGAGAAGUUUGGAAAAUUCAUCAAAGUGCCAUUUGUGAAUAUCAUGAGUUGUCAGCUUUUGCGAAAUUUUGGGAAGGCAGAUAAUCGAGUGUGAAAUAUAUGUUUGCUUCAGAAUAUUGAAGAAGAGAGACAGGGGGUAAUAUACUGUUUGUAGAGAAGUGGUCUGAUUAAAUAGUUUUUAAAAAUUGUAUCGAAAAGGUGAAAAAUAAGAGAUAGAAGAAGGAAAUACAUUGUAGGCAGGCAAUCGGGCUGAUAUACACUAUCAGAGAAACGGAGAUAGAAAUGUAGACCAAGAGAAAGAGAUGAAGAAUGAGUGAGAAAAAACACAAACAAAACAAGAAGAAAAUAUAGAAAAACAGACAGCCAAACCCAGACGCAAACAAUUUUUUAGAAUCAAUAAAACAGGAAAUAGCAGAGAAGAAUUAAUCGAAUAAUAAAAAGCUCCAGGAUAUGGAAGGAACUGUAAAACGUUUGUCAUUGAGACCCCGAACCGUGACUGUCGUGGUGCGAAAUCUGCCUCCAGCCACGACCCCGGACCAACUGCGUUCUAUCUGCCGCGACUUUGGCGAGGUCGUGGAGGUCGAAAUCCCGCAAAAGGCCGCGACUUUUCAACGCUUCAUUUAUGGGUUUGUCCGGUACAGCAGCCUAGAAGUAGCUCUGAACGCCGUGCUGAAACUGAACACAUUUGUGGUUCAAGGGAGACAGCUGAAUGCCGAGGUGGCGAGAAAACACUGGCGGAACACCAAUGAUAAAACAGUGCUUUACGACGCACCUGAGGAGGACGGGCAGAAGGAAAGAGACGAGGAUGAAAUGACAGAAGAGGAACUGAACACAAGGAUCCUGCAGCUGUGUCACCAGCAGUGGCAGCAACAUUGCAGGGAUAACAGAGAGAGAAGUCUCCCAAGUUUCCACAAGCUCAUGGACAUGCUGACUGAGACAUUCUACCAAGACGACGAAGAGAGGGAAACCGAAACGGUAUCAUAUUUUCAUAAACAAAAUGCUGACGAGGAGCGUUAGAUGUACUGACGUCCUGCUCUCUAUUAGUGUGUUAAUUAAUGAAAUUAUGUUCAUAUUUACGGUUUUAUAUGUUGGAGUUUUGUCACAUGAACCGAAAUUUUGGAGUGAAUUAUAUAUAACACUGGAUUGCCGAAUAGAGAUGGGCAAACUAUAUUAUCAGUUUUGAA